AUGAGCGCGUCUCAAGGCACGCCACAAGGCAACUUUUACGCUUCUACCACCAACCACCAACGUUGUCGUUGUCAGAAGGCGACCAUGGAACAGCUGCGAGAACGAUUUGCCCGAGAUCCACGUUUCUUUGCUGUGGGACAGGCUCCCCGCCCACCACCGCGACCAGAUCCUAUUUCUAUAGGAUCAACGGAUUCAGAGUCGUCGACUCGACAGAAAUCCAAAGCCAGAGGGCCCAGCAGGCCAAUUAUUAUAUCUGACGACGAAGAUGAGGACGAAGAGGAGGACGAGGGCGACGAUGAACCUGAAAUUGUCCCACAGCCGCCGAAACUUUCACACCCGCUGAAACCCUCAAACCAGUACAAUGCAGUACCAAGUCACAGGCAGAAUGAAUACAUCAGACCCGCUGUCUUCGACCCCUCCCAGUUCCCCAAGCCACUCGAAACGAGCAAGACCAAUGUGCAGAGGCUCAACAUUGGCGAAGACAUCUCGUUGCCCAAGUUCCCGGAAGAACAUCAGUUCAUGACGAGCGCGGAGACGGAGAAAGCUUUGAAAGAGCUUAUUGGGAACUCGAUGAACGAGGAUAUCCAGGUGGAUGUUGAUCCUGAGGAUGCAAUCGUGGAAGGGUUCAGGGAAGGAAUUGAAUUGCUUCCGCAUCAAAUCUUGGGGAGGAAGUGGAUGAAAGAGCGGGAGGAUGUGAGUAGGAAAGCAUAUGGCGGUAUCCUUGCAGAUGAUAUGGGUCUUGGUAAAACAAUUCAGACGUUAACCCGAAUUGUGGAAGGCAAGGCAACCAAGUCUGACAGGGAAGACGGCUAUAGUGGUUCCACGCUGGUCGUUUGUCCGCUUGCCCUUGUCGGGCAAUGGGCUAGCGAGAUUGAGAAGAUGACCCAGCUCCGUGUGAUCAAGCACCAAGGAACCUCGCGUACUACAGACCCUAUGAUUCUUAGGAGAUAUCAUGUCGUGGUGACUACCUACGAAACGGUACAGUCCGAGUAUAACGUCUAUACACCUCCAAUCAAGGAUGGAUCUGCAACAGCGAAGAAAAAGAAGAGCUCAGAUUCAGACGAAGAUUCGGGCAGUGACGAUGAUGACCUUGUGGCCAAGCUUAAGGCAAAACGGACGCGUAAGGCGCCAGCGAAGAAGUGUGCCUUGUUUGAGGUGAAGUGGAUCCGCGUUGUCCUCGACGAGGCACAUAACAUCAAGAACAUGAAGACGAAGACUGCCAUUGCUUGCUGUGAACUUCAGAGCAAAUUCAGGUGGUGUCUGACUGGUACACCAAUGCAGAACAACGUCACUGAGUUGUAUUCUCUCAUCAAGUUCCUUCGCAUCAAGCCAUUAUCCAAUUGGACAACGUUCAACGAGCAAGUUGCAAAGCCUAUCACAAGUGGUAGGGGUGCGGGUGUCGCAAUGAAGCGUCUUCAGGUGGUCCUCAAGCGUAUCAUGUUGAGACGCAAGAAGACGGACACUGUCAAUGGCAAGACGCUGAUCGACCUGCCCAACCGUACGGUGGAGGUUGUCGCCUGUCCAUUCGAUCCGUACGAGCAAGCAUUCUAUACUGCUCUCGAGGCGAAGAUGGAGUCCGCUCUCGACAAGCUCAUGUCGAGAGAUAAUGGUAACAAGGCGUAUAUGUCGGUCCUGCUGCUCUUGCUUCGGCUUCGACAAGCUUGCAACCAUCCUCUUCUGGUGUCCAAGGACUACAAGAAAGAUGCUGAAGCUGUGGAACCUACUCCUGCCAAGUCCAAAGAUGAUGCAGACGCCGACGCCGACGAUUUGGUGGCAGCUUUUGGCCAAAUGGGUGUCACCCGCAAGUGCCAAGUGUGCACUACGACGAUCGACGAUUCGACCGCAGGUGAAGGAGAGUGGAAGAACCACUGUCGCGACUGCGUGGAUUUGGCCAAACAAGCGAGGCAAGCUGAGUUGGAGAGACCUACCUCAGCCAAGAUUCGCAUGGUUCUGAAGCUUUUGGCGAAGAUCGAUAGGGACUCCAAUGGAGAGGAGAAGACCAUUAUCUUCUCGCAGUUCACCUCUAUGUUGGACCUCAUCCAGCCGUUCCUGGAGGAGAAAGGCAUCAAGUAUACUCGAUAUGACGGUUCCAUGGCACCGAAGGACCGUGAAGCUGCCUUGGAAAAGAUUAGGAACAGCAAGUCGACGCGAGUUAUCCUCAUCUCGUUCAAGGCUGGUAGCACAGGUCUGAACCUGACUGCUUGCAACAAUGUCAUCCUCGUCGAUCUUUGGUGGAAUCCCGCUCUUGAGGACCAAGCCUUCGAUCGUGCCCACCGAUACGGUCAGAAACGUGACGUAUAUAUCUACAAGUUGAAAGUAGAUGCGACUGUCGAGGACCGUAUUCUUGCUCUCCAAGACAAGAAGCGCGCUUUGGCUGCCGCUGCCCUCAGUGGAGACAAAAUUAAGAACAUGCGUCUUGGUAUGGACGACCUUCUUGCGCUGUUCAGGCCUGGUGCACGGGAUGGCGACGAUUCGGAUGAUGACUAGCUUCUGUCCACUUGACUGGAUGAGUUCGCCCAUUUGUUCCUUUUGUAUAUACCUCAGUUCUCGGGCCUAUCCCUGGAAUUCCUUUAUCUGCAUUAUCACCACAUCUUUCACGUUCAAUCUGCAUAUAUUUCUCUUGAUUCUUCCCUCUGUAUAUUUUUGCAUUGUGUUCGAUAGUUUCUGCAUUCAUAGUGUCUACCCGCA